AGAGAUGAGAUUUCGCAAUGGGUGAAUCUCGCGCAUCGUCUUUGUUCGCCCAACCGACCUUCGCCGCUUCAUCCAUGGGGAAUCUCCUUUCCUUGUCAACCCUCCCUACCAGCUUCUACUUGACCACAGUAUCCCAGUAAUACGGAGUUGUGUCAGUAAUACGGAGAUUACGGAUCUUACGGAUCCAACGGCGUCCAACUCUCUAGUACUCUUCUCCUUUACGAUGGAUUCUGCGGCCUGUCCAUUCGACGGCCUCUCCGACGAUAUGCUCACGUUCCUCCUCUCUCGGCUCGGCCCGGACCUCUUUUCGUUUCGCCACGCCCUCGUCUGCAAGCGAUGGCUCCGCGUCGCACGCGUCGCUCAAACCGACAUCCGCGUCGCCAGUCGCAGGGAGAUUUCGAGCGCGUCGCUGCUUCGCGCGCUGUCAGCCAUGCCGAACCUAACGUCCCUGCAGCUAGCGAAUCGCAGCUUAGAUGUGAUAAACGAUCAGAUAAUUUCGGGUUUAGGCUCGGCAUUGCCGAACCUCAGGCGAUUUUCACUAACGGCCACCAGGCGUAUAUCCUCGGCUGGGGGAGUCACGGAAAUAGGUUUGGACAGAUUCUUCCGAGCCUGUACGCGAUUAGAGAGGCUAGGGCUUCACACCAUACCUAGCAUCAAGUUCCUUCCUCCAUCCUUGACGUGUCUGACACAUCUCGAGUUUCUAGACGUCUCAUUGGAUGACCUUCGCAGCCUACCCGAAGAAAUUUCGCAGCUGCCCGCUUUACGCGUCCUACACCUUCAGGCCCCUCACCUCAGGGCUCUACCUGAAAGCCUGGGCAGGCUAAAGAAUCUCAGCGCUUUUGAGCUGGUGGAGUGCAAUUCUUUGCCUGCCCUGCCCGGCUCCUUCGGGCAGCUCUCCAACCUCGUUCACUUCAGUGCGACCACCUGCUACAGCUUGACAUCUCUGCCCGGAAACUUUGGGCAGCUGCAGUCCCUCAAGACCCUCGAGCUCGCUCUCCCGUGCCUGACAAGCCUGCCAGACUCCAUCGGGCAGCUGCCAAAUCUAUGGAAUCUAGUCCUCUGCUCCUGCCACUCGCUCCACUACCUUCCUUCCUCCAUCAGCCGUCUCUCCUCUCUGGAAAGUCUUGAGAUCAGCGAAUGCUUCCUUUCUCUCCCUGAUGACAUCGGCUUUCUUCCCAAUCUAUGGAGCCUGGAGAUCCACAACUGCGAGAAUCUGACCGAGCUGCCCGUUUCUCUGCCCAAACUGGAACGCCUGACCGACCUCGUCAUCACAGGCUGCCGGAAUCUUUCCAGGCUGCCCGAGGAUUUUGGAGAUCUGCCAGCUUUGGAAAAGUUUGAGCUCUGCAACACGUAUCAGCUCUCACAUUUGCCUGACUCUUUUGGGCAGCUGAAAAACCUCCGGACCCUGAAGCUUCUGGGCUGCAACAGGCUCACCACCCUUCCACCAACAUUCCCCCAACUCUCCUCUCUUGAAAGCUUCAAGCUCAUCAGCUGUGAACUUUUCUCUGCCCUGACGGAAGAUUUCUCUCAGCUGCCCAACCUCCAGGAGCUUUCCAUCAGCUGGUGCCCGGAGUUUCGAGAGCUCCCGUCCUCCUUCACUCAGCUUUCAUCCCUCACGCAUUUCACUCUCUCCUGCUGCCGGAAUUUCUCAGUGCUCCCUGAAGGCAUGGGGCACAUGUCAAACUUGAAGUCGUUUGAGCUUACUGGGUGUGACCGAUUGACAAGACUACCUCAGUCGCUGGCGUUACUGUGCGAGAUAGAGAGGCUGGAGAUAAGUGGAUGUUCACACAUUGUAGAUGCGCCACUUGUUCUUUGCGAUCUAAUUGGCUGACCCUGGUCCUGUUUUCUUGCAAGCGGGAGUAAUACAAAGGUAUCAGUAUAUAUCAAUGGAGAUGCGCUUUACUGUGCG